AUGGUGAUCGCCGGCGCAAACAGUCCUACUGCGGCGUUGCUCUGUAGCCCGGGCAUGGGCCAUCUCAUUCCGAUCAUCGAACUCGGAAAACACCUUCGCUCUCACCAUUUCUCUGACGUCACUAUCUUCGUCGUCUCCACCGAUUUCUCAACCACACAUUCACAAAUUAUCCAGCAAAGUUCAAACUUUCUUCAACCUUGCCUUCUUAACAUCGUUAUCCUCCCUCCUGUAAAUAUCUCCGGCCAACUCGGACCUGACUCCCCCAUCGGAGCACGCAUCAGUUUAGCAAUGGAGAAGUCGCUGCCGCUUCUCCGUUCUGCGAUCCUCUCAAUGGAACGCCGGCCAACCGCCCUCAUCGUCGAUAUGUUCAGUACAAAUGCUUUGGCCAUAGCACGUGACCUUGGGAUGCUAAACUUCGUGUUUGUCACUUCCACGGCAUGGCUUCUUGCAGUUACUGUGUAUACUCCGGCCAUCGAUGAGGAAGCUCUAGAUCGGCAUCUGAAACACCGUGAACCACUCCGUAUUCCGGGUUGUAAACCGGUUCGAUUUGAGGACACACUCGAACCGUUACUGCUCCGGGGACAACCGGUGUUCGAGCAGUUUGUUCAAAUGGGGGUUGACAUUAGCCGAGCCGAUGGGAUUCUGGUGAACACGUGGGAAGAUCUUGAGCCAGUAACGCUUCAAGCUUUGAGAGACAGUGAGAACGGUUUAGGAGGGAUGAUUCAGGGCACGAUUUAUCCAGUUGGACCGAUAGUGAGAACCAUCGAACCAGGAAGGAGCAGAAACAAUGAAGUCUUGAAUUGGCUUGAUCGGCAACCACCAGAGUCAGUGCUAUAUGUCUCGUUCGGGAGUGGUGGGACCUUGUCGCCGGCACAAAUGGCGGAGGUGGCAUGGGGUUUGGAAUUAAGUGAACAGAGAUUCGUUUGGGUGGUCCGUUCGGCGAAGGAAAACGCAACAAAUGGCGCAUUUUUCAACGUGGAAAACGCCGGCGGUGACGAUUUCUUGCCGGAGGGGUUCACUUGUAGGACGGAAAAGGUGGGACUUGUGGUCCCCAAGUGGGCUCAACAAGCAGAGAUCCUAGCUCACCGUUCCGUCGGUGGAUUCAUGACACACUGUGGGUGGAACUCGACGGUGGAGGGGAUCGUCACCGGUGGAGUUCCGAUGAUAGCGUGGCCGCUGUACGCCGAGCAGAUGAUGAACGCAACUAUGUUGACGGAAGAGCUAGGGGUGGCUUUAAGGGUGAAGAAGAUGGAGAAGGAAUCAUCAGUGGUUAUUGAUAGGCUGGAAAUUCAGAAGCUAAUAGGAAGAUUAAUGGUGGAAGAAGAAGGACGGUGUAUGAGAGCCAGGGUUGAAGAGCUCAAGCAUAGUGCAGAAAUGGCGGUAUCUGAGGCUGGAUCGUCUUUUAAGUCUUUGAAUAAACUGGCAAAUUGCUGUGAAGUUCAUCAGAAAACAAAAGUCUCCAUUGUGUGA